AUGUAGUCUUUUAGAAAUGCUACUAUUCUAUAAUAAGAAAGACCAAGAGGUGGAAGUGUUAAUGCAAAAUCAUUUCUGAAGAAUGCACAAAAUAUUAAUAAAACAGAAUCAUAAUCGUUUUUAUUAUAAGGAAAUAAUUCAAAAAAGACAUUCGAAUCUUAAAUACCUAACAAAAAUUAAUCCUCUUAACAUGAUCCUCAUCUAAGUUAUUUAAAUAAUUUAUAAAGCACUGAAAAAUUAAUAAAAACACAGAAAUUAUCUACAUUAACAACAAAAUUCUCAACUCAAAAUUUGAAAUAUUUAAGUCCAUCAAAUUAAAAUACUACAAAAAUAGAUAUACCAUCUGAUAAUAAAUAAUUAUUUAUUCAAACAGCAAGAGUAAAUUCAUUAUUAUAAGAAAUAUCUGACAUUAAACUACAAAAUGAAAAAGUUAAAUAGUUUUAUUAAUCUUAAAUUCAUAAUCUUUAAAACACUCAAGACUAAUUAAAAAUUGAAAAUAUCAGUUUAUCUAAUUCUAUUAAAGGAUUAACUCAAUAACUUUCUGAUGCUAGAUAAAUUAUGCAAAGGAUUUAUUAAUAAACAGAUCUUGAAGAAUUAAAUAAUUCUUUUGAUUAGAUUGAUUUUAAUAAUAAUCCUAAUAUCUAAUAGGCUUUAUAUCAAUUUUAAUCAGAGAUAUUUCAAUUCAUUUAUGAAUAUUAAAACUAAACAAAUUAAAAAAUUCAAUUGAAAUAAUAAUAACUUAACAAAAUCAUUAUUAAGUUGAAUUAAAUUAUAUAAAAAUAAAAAGGAUAUGAUCAUAAAUCAAUUAUUAAUGAUUUAUAAUAGACAAAUAAUAAUCUCUUAAGUAAAAUCAAAUCUUAAGAAGUUUAAUUGAAAUUUGUUCAUAAGAAAUCUACUGAUCAAAUAUCUAAUUAACUUGAAGAAUAAUUUAAUGAAUUCAAAAAACAUCAUUAAUCUAUUAUAAAUAAUCUGGAAUAGGAGAAAGAAAUUGCAUAUGAAUAAGAAACAUAACUAAAAAAGGAAUUUUAAAUAAGGAUACAAAAAUUAGAAUAAGAACUUAGUAUAUUAUUAGAUGAAAAUUAGAAAAAAGAAUAACUGAUAUCUGAUUUAAAUGACUUGAAUCAAUCAAAAGUACUUCAAGUAAAUUUAUUAUUAUAUUUAGAUUUAAAAAUAAGAAGAAAUAUAGUAAUUAACACAUAAAUUAUAAGAAAAUAUGAAUAUAUAAGUUAAUCUAAAUGAUUAAAUUGUAUUAUUAAAAUAAAAUUGUAAUAGUCUAUUAAAUGAUUUUGAAAAAUAACAAUUUGAAAUAUAAAAAUUAUAAAAAGAUAAAUAAUAUUUUCAAACAUUAUUUGAAAAUUAACAAAUAGAAAUUAUGGAAUUAAUGAAAUAAUAAUAAUUAUUAAAUGAAAAUCAUUAAAUCUAACUAGAUUCAUUGAACAAUUAAUCGUAAUAAUAAAAUUAUACAUUAUAAGAAAAAUUAAAAAUUAAUGAAUCAAAAUUAAAUAAAUUAUAAGACAAUUAUAAUACAUUAUAAAAAUAAAAAUAAGAACUAGAAAAUCUAUUAAAAUAAUCUUAAAAUGAAACAAAUAAAUUUAAAGAUUAAAUAGAUUAAAUAUAAUAAUUUUAAAUUAAAAUUAAUAAAUAAAAUUAAACCAUUUAAAAUUUAAUUUAAUAAAAUUAAUCUUAUGAAAAUAUGAUUAACAAAAAUGCAUCUGAAAAAAAGAUAUUAGAAUAAUAAAUUAUUGAAUUAAAACAAAUUUCAUAAAAUCAAUAAGUGUAAGAAAGAAAUAUUAUAACUGAAGAUAAACAAUCUGAAAUUAAAACACUUUAAAUAGAGAAUUCUGAAUUAACAAAGUAAAUUAAAUAAGAGUAAUUAAAUUAAUAAUAACUCAAAACUUAAAUAGUUAAUUUAUAAAAUGAUAUUAUAUUAUAUCAACAAUAAAAAACAUAAAUAGAAUAAUAAUUAGAUAAAUAAUAAAAAAAUAAUUAAGAAUUACUAAAAUAAAUGGAGGAAGUAAUUUAGAAUAAUUUAAAUUAAUAAGAUCAAUAAGCUAAUGAAUGGCAAAAUUAAUUCAAUAUGCUAUCUAAAAAAUAUAAUUAAUCUGACUAAAAUCUAAAAAAUGCACUUUAAGAAAAUAAAGAGUUAUGUGAAAGGGUUUUAGAAUUAGAAUAGAAAUUAGAAGAAGAAAUAGAUAGAAAUUAAUAAUUAAUUGAGGAAACUAAAAAAUAUUAAAUUGAUUCAAAAUAAAAGGAUGUUUAAAUAUGUCAAUUUAAAUAAAAAAUAUAAAUAUUAAAUUAGUAACUUAACAAUGAGAAAUCUGAGUAAAAAGACAAUCAUUAAAAUGAAUCAUCAACUGGGUUUGCUUAAGUGAUAAAGGAAUAUGAAAAUCAAACCAAACAUUUAGAAUAAGAAUAAGAAAAAUGGUAGUUGUAAUAAAAUGCUUAUAUUUAAGAAAUAGAAUAAUAAUAAUUAAAAAUAUAAUAGUAUGAAUAUGAAUCAAAGGAAAAUUAAAAUUUUUAAAGAUAACUAAAUGAAAAGCUAUAAGAAACAUUAAAAAAAUUAGAAUAGAUAUAAUAAUAAUUACAUGAAGAAUAACUUAAAUCUCAGUUGCUAAUGAAAUAGUUAUCAAGCAUAUCUGAAAAUAAGAGUUCUUCUUAACCUAAUUAAGAUUUAAUGGAUCUAUUCGAUGUUUAAUAAUCUCCAAGAGGUCAACAAAUAGGAACUGUUUAAUUGCCUGAAACAAACUAAUCGGAAGAGUAGAUUUCUAUUUUAUCAUAGUAGGUCCAAUUAUUAUAGUAACAAAUAAAAUAAUAGAAUGAAAGUUUAGAAGAGAAAGAUGUAAUGAUUAAUGAGUUAAAUGAAUAGAAAUCAUAAUUAGAGAAUAGUUUGAAUAAAUCAAUUGAAAAGAUUAAUGAAUUAGAGAAUGAAAUAUUAAAUUUGAAAUAAGAAUUAUAAAAUUUAGAUCAAUUAAAUAAAGAUAUUAAUCAUUAUUAAUAAAAGAUAUCUAAUUAAUAAAAGAUAAUUGAAAGUUUAUAAAAUUAAGUUGAAGAAUUAUAAAUAGAAUUGUAAGAAUAAGAAAGUAAAGUAAAAAUGUUAGGAACUAUAUAAUAAUCAAAUGAAGAAUAACUAAUAUUUAAAGAAUUGAUAUCUUAAAAAGAUUAAGAGAUUUUAAAUUUAUAAGAGGAAUUAAAAAAUCUUCAAAAAAAAGUAGAAUAAAGAAUGAAUAAAUCUGUAAUUAGUAAUGGAUCUAAAAGGAGUUAAAAUAUUGUAAAAUUUGAAUAAUUUGCAGAUCUUGAUGAACAUGAUGUUUCUGUUGAAUCAAAUGAAGAAGAUUUAAUAAUUGAGAAAUUAUAAUUACAAAAAGUAAUUAAAGAUAAUAAUGAUAAAAUCAUUCAAUUAGAAUUAUAAUUACAAAAUUUAAAAAUUCAUUAUUAAAAGGAAUUAUAAUAAAAAGAAAAAGAUAUUAUAGAUCUAUAAGAAUAAUUAAAUAAAUUCAAAGAAUAAUAUUAAAAUAAUGAAAAUACAGAGAUUGAUAUUUAAAAAUAAUAGAAUGAAAUUUUGGAUUUAUAGAAAGAGAUUGAAAUUCAAAAUUAAAUGAUUUAAUAAUUAAUAGAUGACAAAAAGUAUUAAUUUAUAUUAUAAUUUAGACUUCUUGAAGAGAUCAUCCAAACUUAAUAGAAUAAAAAUGAAUCUAUCAAGGAGCAAUCUCAGUUUAAUGAAAUUAAUGAUUGGUUUAAUUGA